UUGAGACACCACACUUCUUGCGUCUAUAAAAAGAGCUUUCCUCCUCGAAGGAAGCAACAGCAGACCCUCUCUUACUGAGCGCCUCAUCACAGAGCAGAGAGAAAGCAGAGGAGAAGGAGAGACAGUUAGGAGUCGCCACUCUGGGAGAUUUGUGGACAAACGCAGGGAGAAGCACAAGACUAGAAGAAAAGGACACUGUUGGAAAAGGCUGAAGAUGGUGUAUCUAUGUUGGUUGCUAGUGGUGAUGAUGGCAUACGUGUGUGUCCCCGGGUUUGGGUCGGUGUGCUGGGAGAGCUCCGUCUGCAACAACCUGAGCGACAAGGAAAGCAUACUGGACUGUAUCGACCUCUGCAUGUCUGUGAUCCAGAAUGAGUUCCCACAGCUCAGUGCGUUGGCCCUGAAGGUUAAUGACGAGGAACUCUUACUCAACAUCAUUCUGGCCACCCUGGUGUCCGAAGACAAGUUAUCAGAAUCAGAUCUGAAAGCCCACAGCGACCUGCGACGCUCCUAUUCUAUGGAACAUUUCCGCUGGGGCAAACCCUCUGGCCGUAAACGCAGACCUGUAAAGGUUUUUGCCUCUUCUCUGGAGGGUGGAGGCUCAUCUGAGGGCAGUUUCCUCCCUCUGACUCGCAGACAGCUGAGCAGUUAUGAGGAAGAAGUAAAGGGGGAGCCAAAUGGAGGAAGUAAAAAACAGGGAUCGCAGAGAGCGAGGGGCAGCUCGAAGUCACAUGUCCCUUUGAGCACGCAGGGGAGAAAAGAUGCAACCUAUCGGAUGAGUCACUUCAGAUGGGGGAGCCCACCUGCCUCGAAACGUAAUGGUAGAUUUCUGAAGCCGUGGAAGGCGAAACCUCAAGGGCAACUGUCCAGCUCUUCAUUAACAUUAUAGUCAAGGAUGUGCAGAGGAUAAUGGGCUGAAUGGAAGCUGGAGGAGAGGGGGAGGGCCAGGUCAUGAAAAGAAUCUCAUAGCCAUUGCAUGUUAUUACUCGCAGGUCUUAAUUUUAAAUUACUGAAACUUGUUACUAUCAUUAGCAUGUUGCUGAAUGUCUUUCCUGGGCCAAUGGUGUGACUCAUUACAGCCUUAAGAUAAGAAACAAGGCAUUUUUAUGUUGAAUAAAAACAAUGAUGCACCCACAGACUGCCUUGACCUUUGCGGUCUGAAUUGAAAGGUUACUUUUAAGUGUUAUUUCUUCUUGUGGGAAACGUCAUUACUGAUGAUGUCUCCCACCAAUGAAUGUUGUGAUGAACACAGAAUGCCGACCCAGGGCGAGAGGUGGGUGUGAGUUUAAGUAUUGUAAAAUCGAUCCAGUUUAUUUACAGAGUGGUAUCUUUUUGUAAAUUAUAUUGAUAUUAAAGAUCAUUUUGUUUGCCGCAAACUAUACCGGUAAUCGACUGAUUUCAUUUAUAGUCUAGUGUGUAGGAUUUAGUGGCAUCAAGUGGUGAGGUUCCAGAUUGCAACCAACUGAAACAUCCCGUGUGCCGAGCAUGUAGGAUACAAAGAUGGGCAGCAACAAGGAUGGGUGACCAGAUGUGUAUACAAAAGUGUAAAAGCAUGGGCUGUCGGUGGCUUAGUGGUCACAGCAGGCGCCCCAUGUACAAAGGCUCCGUCCUUGCUGCAACAGCCCUGGUUUGAUUCCAUCCUGCAGCCCUUUGCUGCAAGUCAUCUCCCAUCUCUCUCCCCCAAAGCUGUCCU